AGCUAAAAUAUCACUAUUUUUUAACCUUAGGUGAUUCUAUCUAAAGAAAACGAAUUUUAUGACAUAGUGACAAAAACAUUUGGGAAAAACUACUCCAAACAAAGUUGUUGCCUAGAAGGUUCUUAUAUUUUGUGUCAUUGGACGAGUUGUAAAAAUCACCGGACGGUAACGUAAUUCGUCAGCGGAAGACUAAGUUAAGCCGGUUCAUUCGGUUUUGUCGUUCCAUUAGAUCCAAGGAAGAAGAGCGAUGUCUUUUCUGUACUCCAGCCUACCUAAGCUACAGCGUUAUGUGUUUUAUCAUUGGUAAAGUUGUUCCCAUCAGAAUGUUAGCCAACACGAGAAGUUGAGAGAUUAUACGAGGUAGUAUAAUUAGUUUAGAGCCGUCCUACAGCCGACGUCAUGGGAAAUGGUAUGAACAAGGUUCUCCCGGGUCUGUAUGUGGGGAACUUCCGAGACUCCAAGGACCAGGAGCAACUGACAACCAAUAAUAUAACUCACAUAAUUUCCAUCCAUGACAAUGCCAAGAUUAUUCAUGAGGACAAAAAAUAUCUAUGUAUUCAAGCAUCCGACACGCCCUAUCAAAACUUGGUCCAGUUCUUUUCAAGAUGCAACGAUUUUAUCCAUAACGCCCGUGUGAAAGGUGGGAACGUUUUAAUUCACUGCCUAGCUGGAGUCUCACGCAGCGUAACCAUUGCUGUGGCUUAUGUUAUGUCUGUAACCUCUCUGAACCAUCGAGACGCCUUGAAGGCAGUUCGUGGAGCUAGAAGUGUCGCUAAUCCCAACUUGGGAUUCCAGAAACAACUACACGACUUCGAACAUCGCAGACUAAAGGAGGAAAGAAAACGCCUGGUUGGGAAGUUUCCUGAUGCUUCUUUUCACGAAGAUGAGAACGAAUGUCGUAAGCUGCUAAUGGCCUAUUAUAAUUGUGUCCGCCCACUGGAUCCCUGUGCGGGGAUAUGCCGACGUCAUCCCGCCCCGCCCUCGCCCAAACGUCGACCUCCCGGCCGAGAAAAUGCCCGUCCUAGCUAAUGGAGUUUUUUCCGAUUUGGCGGAUCUUUGUAAAAUACGUUAGUUAGAUUGUAGGUGUUUCUAACUCUUAAUAGAUCCACGGGCAAGAUAAUAAUAAUAAUUAGUUUUAUUGCCUAAACACUUAGAUUUUUAUCUUAGUAUCAAACAUAGUAGCUUCUUGCAUCUUAUUCACAGGCUUUCGAUCAACUAGAAGUUUCAAGUAUUUGACAAUAUGUAUGAUUUAGAAACGUUAAAGUUGCAAGCUGGGUCAAGAUGAAAUAGGAUCAUCUGACAAAAUACGUGAGUGUACUCCGGUAGAUUUUACCUAUUGUUUGAUACGUGGGUAUUUGUCGAUAGAAUUUCUCAGUUGUUUAACACUUGGGUAUACUCCGGUAGAAUUUCUCAGUUGUUUAACACAUGGGUAUACCCGGUAGAAUUUCUCAGUUGUUUAACACUUGGGUAUACCCGGUAGAUUUUCCCAAUUGUUUGACAUGUACGUAUAUGUCGGUAGAAUUUCUCAGUUGUUUAACACUUGGGUACAUGUCGGUAGAUUUUCCAGAUUGUUUGACACGUGGGAAUACUCCGGUAGAUUUUACAGAUUGUUUGACACGUGGGUAUACUCCGAUAGAUUUUCCCAAUUGUUUAACACGUG